AUGCCUUUUUCUUUUGACCUAGCAGUCACCUUACAACGGGAGGCACGUAGAAUGAAGAGGAGGUCGAAGAGAAUAAGGAGAAGACAAAGCGACAUAUGCAAGAGCCACGAACCGUGGCAGGAAUUUCCUUCUGAUCUCGUGAUAGAGAUUCUCACGAGACUCCCUGCUAAAUCCCUUAUGAGGCUCAAAUCCGUCUCUAAGCUCUGGUCAACCUUGAUUUGUUCCCAAUAUUUCACCAACCUUUCAUCAGCGCCACGUAUAUACAUGUGGCUGGGCUUCGACAAAGAGAAGAUAUUAGUAUCAUCGUCAUCUUCUCCUGACUUGGACGGUUCUUUUGUAGUUGACCAAGAUUUGACAAUCUCAGCGAUGAAAGGCUACUCCGUCUCUCAUGUUUACCGCGGUUUGAUGUGCUUUACAAAAGGCACAAAUGCACAAAUAUAUAACAGUACCACUAAGAAACUUGUCGUCUUACCUGACAUAGAGGAAUCCAACAUCAUAGCAAAAGAUCACAAGUUUAAUAAGAUCAUAUACCAUAUCGCACACGACCCUGUUCAUGAUCAAUAUAAAGUGGUUUGCAUAGUUUCAAGACUCAAAGUUGUAAAGCUCUUGCUAGAGCAUUGGGUCUUCACACUAGGAGGAGGUGUAUCAAGUCGAUGGAGAAAGAUUCCAUGCACAUGUCCACCACAUAGCCCUUUCACACGAGGAUUGACUAUCAAUGGGAGUAUGUAUUACCUAGCUUUGGUUCCUAAUUCGAUUAAACCCCUGUUUGUGAGAUUCGAUAUUAGUUCUGAAAAACUCAGUGUGCUCCAAAAACCUGAAGAUGCCUUUUGGUGUCGGUAUUAUUAUACUGAGAUUAUAGAAUACGAUGGAAGAAUAGCUAUUUUAGACCAUGCCGAUCUUGUACAUGACGGUGUGAUGGAUCUAUGGGUAAGGGAAGAUGAAGAGAAGAAUAGGUGGUCAAGGAUGAAGCGGGUGUUGCAUCCUUCUCAAAUGAAUAUGAUAAAAACGCAUAUAGUCCAUAACAUGAGUUUGAGGGUACAAGGUACAACUAGAAACGGUGACGUUAUCUUGGUUCCUCAACAUAUAUUUCGUAUUGGACCCGACCAGUUUAACGUUUUACCUCAAGUUACAACUCAUUUCUACGUGUUUCUUUACAACCUACAAAAGAACCAUUUUAGAAAAGUUGAAAUCAAAUCCAACCGCUACAACACCAAAAGAUGGGACGUUGUUGGAUUUGACGAUAUUGAGAACUUAAUGUAUCUCUGAUCGCUUUGUGCGUGUGUGUUUUAUUUUUUUAUUUUAUAUGUUUAUGCAAUCAUUUUAUUUAGUUUUGUUUGGAUGUUUUGCUCAACUAAAGUUUUUUUUAAAAUGAAAUGCAGUUGUGUCUUUCAUAAAGGCUUUAUCAAUGUUUGAUGUUUCGGCUUAUCAAUGUUUGAUGUUUCUUUCUCUCUCCCUUUUCAAACCUUCCAAUCACUGGGAAACAAAAUUUAUUUUCUUCUUUGCAUAUUCGAAAACAAUUUGAUUUACUUUAGAUCUGAUACAAGUUACAUAAAUAUGAUAUAAGCUAACAUAAGAGAUCAAGCGAGUUUCCGAUUCAAGUCAUGCAAUACAAUUACGAGCCCACAGUCGAGGUCACUUGAGUUUUGUUUCUGAUAUGGUGUCUUUGGGAAUUUGAUGACAAUUAUAUACUGUGAUUUUAUAGGUGUUCAAGUUUAGAAAUAAAAACAGCAUUUGGUUUGAUGACAUAAACGAACAUGUGAACAUGUAAAAAAAAACUGUUCAAUUAUCCAUGUAAGAAGUACGAGUGAAGGCUCAGCUGGUACAGGAAACACUGAGAGCAUCAUUAACGGGAGUCUAUUGAUGAGUCUCUCGUCCA